AUGCAAGUGAGUGCCCAGAGGCCGCCGCCGCCGUCUUCGUCGUCGAAUCCACCGCCCUCGGCCUCGCAGAACCAGCCGUCGGUGCCGCUGCAGCGCCAACCCUCCUUCUCGUCCUUUCCCUCCUCGCGAUCGCCAUCCUCGGUCUCUCUCCGCAAUGACCGCAAAGCAAAGUCGCCCGUCCCGCCCCUGCUGCGCGAGCAGCUGCUGCGGGAAGAUGUAGACUCCGAGUACGAAUCGCAGGCGUCGUCACAGCAUUCUGUCGCCGACUCCCCGCACAAAUCCAGCAGCCGACUGCGCUCACAGUACCCGUCCGAUGCCAUUGAGAAACAUGUCGAGUACAUUCUGGUCGCCUCGUUCGACAUCGAUCGGGGCUCCAUCAUGGAGCACCAGUAUCCCGCUGCCAUCAGUGGCGACGAAACCAUGUUGGCAGAGCUAAUGCUGCCCGAUCAGGCCCACAUGCGCAACCAGGACUGGACCAUAUUCUUCCUGCACAAGGACACGACGGCCGAAGAGGAGGAGCGCGAAGAGAGGAGAGAGCGCCGGCGCAAGCGAAGAAGGCGGAAGGAGGGUCUGGACGACGACGACACCACAGCCGGAGACGAGCUCGAGGGGGCUGACGACGCCGAAGAAGACGACUACGAUACCGAGAGCGAGGACGAGCCGGAUCCAGACGGCCCACCGCUAGUCUAUGUUCUGAACCUGGUGAACACCAAGCUGGACACUACAGUGAAGAGAGGAUCCAUCGUCAAGGCAAUGGCAAUAUGCACGCGCCACUCCUUCCUGCACAUAUACAAGCCACUUUUGCUCCUAGCGCUAGAGGAGUACUUCCGGGCGCCCGUUGUAGAGACCCUCGCCUCUCUAUAUCAUGCUUUGAACGCCAUGGACUUGUCUCUACUUCCCAAGUUGUCCUUGUUGGAGAACUUUGUGCUCUCCGCAAGUGACGCCAAGGAUAUGUUCAUCGAGAAGUUUGAGCAGAUGGUGCGGCAGCGAAAGAGGCUCGAUGCUGAGCGAGACUCCAUGGAGGAAUCAUCCGACUCUCUAACCAGGCGAAAGAAGACGUAUGCCCUUCCCAGGGACACACACGAGUUCGAGUCUAAGAUCAACUACAAUGGCAUACCUGUGCCGGUCAAGAUACCGACGGCCCUGAGCGCAGAAACCGUUGGCGACUUUUCUCUGAUCAAACUUAUUCAGACCUUCUCCACGCCUCAUGCUCAACAACCCCAGCCAUUCGCACUGCAUCCCCAUCUUACGACGAAUGGUGCCUACACUCACCCCAUCAUUGUGCUUGUUAAUGCUCUCCUCACGCAGAAGCGCAUCAUCUUUCUUGGGCACAAUCGCCCUUCUGGUGAAGUAGCUGAAGCUGUACUUGCAGCAUGCGCCCUAGCCUCUGGUGGCAUUCUCCGGGGCUUCGUCCGCCACGCUUUCCCUUACACCGAUCUCACAAAGGUCGAUGACCUCCUGAAAGUACCAGGCUUCAUUGCCGGAGUCACCAACCCCGCCUUCUCCUACAAGCCCGAAUGGUGGGACCUCCUCUGUGAUCUCCCAACCGGACGCAUGAAGAUCAGCAACCGCAUCGAAGCCGCAGCACCAACCGAAGGCUCACUCUUCUUCCAACAACAAGGCAUCAACAUCAACGGCGCAGGCGGCUCAACAGCCGCAGAAAACAAAUCCGGCAUCGACUCUACAGGAGACCAUGCCUUCAUGGACAGUCUCCUCCUCGCCAUCGCCAACCGCCACGGCGAGAACGCAAUCCGCGCCAAGUGGCGCUCCUGGGUCCUCAAAUUCACCCGCAUCGCCGCCGCUUUCGAAGAAACCGUCUACGGCGCGUCAGCCCUGUACAUAGGCACGCACGACUACGACGCCGGCGCAUACGGCGUCUCGGGCCACGGCUACGUCUGGCCCGACGAGGGCUCGCGCAUGCGCGAACUCGCUGUCAACGUCCACCGCAUCGAGGGCUGGCGCACGACGCGAAGCUACUAUAGUUGUGUGCAGGACCUUGCGCGCAGCUGGAGUAAGCGGCCCGUAAGGGGCUUGGACUUUGCGCACCAGCACGAUAAGCUGCGCACGCUCAAACUUACGCAUGACGCCAGUGCGGCGAUUUACCUCGCGUUCGCGCGCUGUAUCGAAGAAGCUGGCGGUUCCACAGUGACGACCGACAACGACUCCGAGUCCCUGACGCUCGCCAACGAUCCGGAGCGUAAGCCUGGGCCGCAGUUACAGUACGACACGAUUCUGCAGCUGCUGUGCGUCAUGCCGGAUAGUAAUGCCGGUUUGUUUUACUUGAGCUUGGGGCUUUUCCACCCGCGCCUGGAUGUCAGAUUGGCGGUGGUCAAGCUGCUGGAGAGGAUCAUGGAUCAUCCGGCAGGACGGCUGUUGUGGGGGAAUCUGGGCCGGUUUGCGAAGUUGGCGUUUUUCAGGGUUAAGAGGGAGGAGGGACAGCAGCCUAGGUGA